AUGCCUUCCCGGGUGGAGGACUAUGAUGUGCUGUACACAAUUGGCUGCGGGUCGUAUGGAAAGUGCCAGAAAAUCCGCAGGAAGGCGGACGGGAAGAUAUUGGUAUGGAAAGAGCUUGACUAUGGCACAAUGAGCGAGUCCGAGAAACAGAUGCUGGUCUCGGAAGUGAACUUGUUACGGGAAUUAAAACAUCCAAAUAUUGUCCGUUACUAUGACCGGAUAAUUGAUCGGACGAAUACAACUCUUUACAUUGUGAUGGAGUAUUGUGAAGGAGGGGACCUAGCCAGUCUUAUUGCCAAAUGCACUAAGGAGAGGCAGUACCUAGAAGAAGACUUCAUAUUGUGUGCUUUUGUUCAGCUUGCCUUGGCCCUAAAAGACUGCCACAAAAGGAGUGAUGGGGGACACACUGUUCUCCAUAGAGACCUGAAACCAGCCAACAUAUUUCUAGAUGCCAAGAGGAAUGUGAAACUUGGAGACUUUGGGUUGGCUCGAAUAUUGCAUCAUGAUACAAGUUUUGCUAAGACGUUUGUUGGUACUCCUUACUACAUGUCGCCUGAGCAGAUGAAUAGAAUGUCUUACAAUGAGAAGUCUGAUAUAUGGUCAUUGGGCUGUCUUCUCUAUGAACUGUGUGCUCUUUCGCCACCGUUUACAGCUUAUAAUCAAAAAGAAUUGUCAGAAAAGAUCAAAAUAGGGAAAUUUCGACGGAUCCCGUAUCGCUAUUCAGAAGAACUAAACCAAAUCAUUACACAGAUGUUAAAUCUAAAGGACUAUUUAAGACCUUCUAUUGAAGAGAUUCUGCAGACCCCUCUGUUGUCGCACACUGUGGCAGAAGAACAAAAUAGAGUAUCAGAAAGGAGAGUCAAGAAAUCUACAGAACAGGAGCAGGCGCACCAUCUAGACCCCACAUUGUCUGAGCUCAGAUUAAAGGAACAGCAAUUGCUGGCACGGGAAAAGGCUUUGAAGGAGAGAGAGGACCGGCUUGAGCAACGCGAAAGGGAGUUGUGUGUGCGGGAGAGGCUAGCAGAAGAUAAACUCUCAAGAAAUGUGUAUAUUUUAUCCUCCUUUUGUAUUUAA